GAAAUAUAGGGAUGAAAUUGCAACUUUCCUAAAACUUUGAGGGACUAGAUAACUUUCCAAACUAGAAAGUAAAACCCUAGUAGCUGAAACUGAACUGAGAGAAGCUCAUCUCCGAUCUACGUCGACUUCUCUCACGCGCCGGUAUAAUCUCCGGCGACAUCAAUCACGCGCCGAUCACAUUUGCGGACUGGUUGAAUCAAUUAGAGAAGACAAAAAAUGCCAUUAUAUGACUGUAUGCUGUUACUGAAGCCCCACGUAAAGGCGGCGGCUGUGAUAGACCUCGUUGCAAAGGUUGGGAAGCUCGUCUAUCGAAAAAAUGGUGUCCUCACAGAUUUAAAGUCAUUUGGAACUGUUCAACUGGGCUAUGGCAUUAAGAAACUAGACGGAAAAUACUAUCAGGGUCAACUGAUGCAAAUGACUCUGAUGACACCACCCAGUUUAAACAAUGAGCUGCAUUACCUGAACAAAGAAGACCGCUUGCUCCGUUGGCUUUUAGUUAAGCAUCGAGAUAUCAAAUUUGGAUUGGACUUUUCGGGUGAAGAUGAUGGCAAGACUGAACUAAGCAAGUACAGGAUCAACUUGUACGACGAUGAAGAAGAAGAAGAUGAUGAUGAUGACGAUGAUGAGGAGUAUAAUACCAAUGAAGCCGAGAGAACCAAAGUUUAGAAAGCUGAUGAAUUUCACAGUCGAUUUUAUCAGCAAUCAUUGUACCAUCUGAAUGAACACGAUAUUGUUCGCCAAGAAGCUACGAGGAGUCUCGUGGACAACGAUUUUGUAGUGCAUGUCUUUUGUUGCCUAAAAACUAGUUAUGCAGGAUAAUUUUAUUGGAAUGUUUCUCGGAAACAGACUCUGGCAGAAAUGCAAGGUAAGGCUUCGUACAAUUCACCCUUGUGGUGGGGCCCUUCCCCGGACCCAGUGCUUCCGAGUUUUAGUGUACCGGACUGCCCUUUUUUCUUUAAUGAUUCAAUAUGCAUUCAUUGUAUGAUUUCGAAGCUCAGUAAUGAGCUAAUCCCAUUGUAAUUGGAUCCUAGAAAUGUGUUUACACCAAAUAAGUGAAUGUAUGGCAGCUUCUUUUUUUA